AUGAUCAAGCAAAUUCCAAAAUAUGCUAAAUUUUUGAAGGAUCUUUGUGUGCACAAGAAGAAGUUGAAAGGAAAUGAGUUGAUUAGUAUGGGUAAGGAUAUAUCUACACUUCUUCAAACAGUUCCUCAAAAAUGUGAAGAUCCUGGAGUGUUUACAGUUCCUUGCGAGAUUUGGAGUAGUCUUUUUAAGGAUGCCAUGUUGGAUUUGGGAGCUUCAAUUAAUGUGAUGCCAAAAUCGGUUUUCCAGAAUUUAGAAAUUGGACCAUUACAACCAACAGGGGUAGUAAUUCAGUUAGCUGACCACAGUCAGACUCACCCACCUGGAGUAAUUGAAGAUGUAUUGGUUAAGGUGAGAGAACUUAUCUUUCCUGUAGAUUUUUAUAUCCUUGAUAUGGAGGGAGACUACCUAGCUAGUAGAUCUCCACUUAAUCUUGGACGACCAUUUUUGAAGACUGCAAGGACAAAGAUCGAUGUUCAUGCGGAUUCUGUAGAGGGAGGUAUAGGGGAUGUAUUUUCAUAUAUGGAGGAUAUUUCAGCCUUGGGAGUGGAUGAUGAGUCUUGUGGAUUAUUUACAAGUGAGAGAGAAGAUUUAUGCAUAGGAUAUUACUUAGGAGAAGCUCUAUCCUUAGGAUCGCUCAGAGAUGAAGAAUUAUGUGUAGGGGACUACUCAGCAGCAUUACCCCUAGGAUCACCAUCUAUUGAUCAGACACAGGAUGAGUUGAAGUCAUUGUCUGCACACUUGAAGUAUGCUUACUUGGGUGAGAAUCAGCAGUUACCUGUCAUCAUAGCCCAGAAUUUAGAACCAGAGCAAGAAAGCAGAUUAUUGGAGAUUUUGAGGCAGCACAGGAAAGCUAUUGGAUGGACUCUAGCAGAUAUUCCUGGUAUCAAUCCUUCUAUAUGCAUGCACAGGAUUUAUUUGGAGGAGGAUGUGAAACCAGUGAGACAACCCCAUAGGAGACUUAACCCACUGAUGCUUGAUGUAGUGAAGAAAAAGACGGAUAUCAUUUGGACUCUGCAACACUCCAGGAACUUUUCAGCGAUGCAUGGAUUCUACAUGAGAUUUAUUAGAGACUUCAGUCAGAUUGUUCUUCCAUUGUCUCAGUUGCUUCAGAAGGAUGUGGAGUUUCAGUUUGAUCAGAGAUGUAAGGAAGCAUUUUGGAGAUUGAAGAAGGCUUUGAUUUCGGCACCUAUUAUUGGGCCACCAGAUUGGACUUUACCAUUUGAGUUGAUGUGUGAUGCUUCAAACUUUGCUAUUGGGGCAGUACUGGCUCAGAGAGUAGAUGGAGCACCACAUGUGAUAUCUUUGAAGUUUCUCCUAAAGAAGCCAGAUGUUAAGCCUAGAUUGAUUAGAUGGAUGCUUCUCCUCAAGGAGUUUGAUUUGGAGAUUCGAGAUAGGAGUGGGAAGGAGAACUUGGUUGCAGAUCACUUGAGCAUAAUUGAAGGAGACUUGGAUCACACGACCAUUGAUGAUGAUUUCAGGGAUGAGCAGCUUUUCAGGGUGCAUGGUGAGUCUCCGUGGUGUCAACGAAAUGAGAACAUAGGACCUAGGAAUGAAAUGUACCAACAUUACAUGCUGUUUUGUGAGAUUUUUGAUGUAUGGGAUAUUGAUUUCAUGGGUCUAUUUACUGUCUCUUUUGGAUUCUCAUAUAUUUUGAUGGCGGUGAUUAUGUUUCCAAAUGGGUGGAGGUUUGGAGUGCCAAGGGCAAUAAUCUGUGAUCAAGGGACACAUUUUUGUAGCAGACACAUGAAGGCUAUACUUAAUAGAUUUGGGGUUUCACAUAUAAUUUCUACUCCUUAUCAUCCCCAAACAAAUGGACAAGCUGAGGUGUCAAAUAGGGAAGUGAAGGCAAUUUUAGAGAAAACAGUGAAGCCUGACAGAAAAGAUUGGAGCAAAAGAUUAGAUGAUGCACUUUGGGCUUACAGGACUGCUUCCAAAACUCCUAUAGGGAUGUCUCCAUAG